ACUAGGAUAUCACAAUUGAGAUUUUCAUGACGAGAUAGUGAUGCUCGAGCCGUACGCAGUUCACUGCGAGCUUUACGAACCGGAUUUGAGUUGAGUUGUGGCAGAUAUGAGAUGGAAGCGAGCCGUUGAGUCCAUUGGAGGAAUCAAGACUUUGCAUCUGAGAGACAUCCAAGAAGGAGGAAGUGAAAACGCAUUUGUGGGGGAAUUUAAGAAAUAAGUAAGUAAUUUUGUGUAAACUUUCUCCUCCUUUUCCUGGAAGGUUCAACUGUAUCACCAUUGUUAAAGGAGUUUGAAAUUUUUGGGAUAAAACUCAGUGACUGCACGAGUGUGAUUCAUUCAGAAUUACAUGCUUUUCAACACAGUCGAUGUGUUUAUUUAUCUCCACCAGUUAGGGAACUGCACGAGUGUCAUUCAUUUGUGGGAGCCAGUUUCUGGUGCAUAGACUGUUGACCAUAUUCCGCUCUCCGGACGCACUGCAAAUUGGAGUCCAGUUGAAGCCAACGUUUUUGCAUUGCCUUUUGUGGAUGACUGUUGCAGUUUGGGAUAUCCGAGUUGGGAAGUCGCAUGCAUUAGCUUUCAAUGCACAAAAAGAUGUGAAUGUCAUCUCAUCGAACAGGUUCUUCUGCCAAGCCUCUUCUGGCAAUAAGCAGCUCACGAUAUGGGAUUUAUCCUUAGAGAAGGAUGAAGAAGCGAAAGCAGAGUUCAAAGCAUAUACCAAGGAACAACUGAGCAAGUUAAAACGCCUCAAGACUUGCCUUCUUAGCUUCCUUUCUUUCACCAGUUUUUUUUUCCAAGAAAAUCAGGGACAAGGACUUGAAGGAACUUCACUGGCACAACCAGAUUCCAGGGAUGAUCAUCUCAAUUGCUUCCGAUGGUUUCAACAGUUUUGAUGC